AACGAGGCAGACACUGUCGUGAUCACUCGCUCUCAGAUGCUAACAGCAACCAAAGGAAGGAAGGAAGGAGAAUCGUUAUACCGGCCAGAGUGCGCCUGCGGAUGACCAGCCUCCUCGCGGACAUAACACACUCUACCUCCACGACCAGCCGACAAACCAUGGACCAUAAUUUUUUACCUCAUUCCCUCUGGACCAGUGAGGGUAAAUUCCUCCACCCCCACGCGACAGUCCUCUACUCCAGCGUACAUGUCACAUGCAAUAUCCCUGCUGGGGCACAGUUCGGCCCGUGCAUCCUUCAGAACACGUUCUAUGACACCAUCGCCUUUAUAGCGCUAAAAUCCUGCGACAAGAGAAGCAAAUCAUACGUGUUCAGGGUGGACCCAGAGGCUAUGCGGAGCUCUGCUCUCGUGCUGUCCUGGCUGCGGCUGGUGCAGGCAGCACGUGACCGGGAGGAGCAGAACACCGAAGCGUUCCUGAAGGGAGGCCAGCUGUAUUUCCGGACCACCAGGGACAUCCAUCAGGAAGAGGAAUUGUUGGUGUGGUAUGACCAGGAGCUGUCACAUCUACUGGGCUUCACUGACAUCUCAACCAGAGGACAUAAUGCCGAGCUCAAAUGCGCAAAAUGUAACCAGGUCUUCAAGAACGAGCAUCCCUACUUGGCCCACUGCCGCUUCCUGUGCGCGCAGGUGAAGAAUGACAUGCCGAGCAGAGAGGCCUACGAACACAAACACAUGGAAAUAAAGCGGCAACACCGCAUCACAGACUUCCACAACAUCGCCAGGGAUCUGGAACGUAAAAAAUCCAGCGCCAGCGAGGAAGCAGAGAUUUCUCUGCGGAAAAGGAAGCACCAGGAGACGGAUUACCCCCGAUGGAGGAAACCGGUGUUACUGGAGAAAACCAAUAUCUUGAAUGACAACAUCACACAGAUAACCAGAGACUACCACCUCAUUGCGCCAGAGUCAACUGGCUCUGCCUUGAAACUGAAGGCGGAGAAGUACCAUCUCAAAAGGGACCGAGUGGAAUGUAAAAAUAGUGCGUUUACAGAAGUAGGAGCAGCGAAAAUUAGUUUCAUACACGAACAAGAAAAACCAACAGAUUCUGAGACAGUGAUGGAGAUGAGCUCUGGUUUGAACUCAAACAGCAGUGUGUUUUCAUUCGUUCUGCGCAGUGGACAGGAGGAGCAGAAAAGUGCUUUCUGUAAACCCAGUAAAAGGACUUCUUCUAACCGCUCUACAGCUCACCCAUCCAACACACCUGCCCCAUCGAACUGCCUAGAGGACGUGAGAGACAUUUUUACCUCAAAGACUGUUCUGGGAUACAACAAUUUGUUGGCAUCUAAUAUGUUGAAUGGUGAUUUACCUGGCGCACAGACCCUACCCACACCGGUUACUGGCAACGCUUUUCCCUACCCUCCAGAGCACUGGUCCAGGAGCAUUGGAGCCCAACUACAAAGCACGUCAUCGAUUCUUCCUCCAACAUUUAGCUCCUUUGGGGUGUCAGUGCAGAACUGGUGCGCCAAGUGUAACCUCUCCUUCCGCAUGACUUCAGACCUGGUGUUCCACAUGCGCUCCCACCACAAGAAUGAGUUUGCGGCGGAGUCCCAGGUGAGGAGGCGAGAGGAGAAACUCACCUGCCCUAUCUGCCACGAGUUCUUCCGGGAACGGCACCACCUGUCACGCCACAUGACGUCUCACAAUUAAAGCCUAUUGGACAUGUGAAAACGGGUAUUUAAUGAAAACGACAUCGGACAUUCUGUAUGUAAUUACAAGAGUAGACCUGAGUAAUUAAACAUUUAAUGACAAUUUGAAGUCACGAACAGCUGAAUGUAGGAAUAUUGUUGAUCAUUGUCCUGUUGUGUAGGUUGGAAAAUUACAUAUGUCUGAACUGUGCCUUGUGAAACUCACGGUCGACUGGAGAGAGACUGAAGGUCGCUUAAUUGCAGCUCUUGCUAUAGACCCUUUAUUGUUAAACAUGUUUUCAAUGUCUGUUGCUCAUUGUUUGACUGGACAUACAGUAUUACCAGAGCUUGUACAGAGAUGUGUAGAUUCAUUUAGCUGUUUUUGAUGAAAAACAUCAAAACCAAACUCUACUAGCACUGUGUCUUUAUACUUAGGCCUACAUAAAGACAUUUUGUGUGAAACAUAUGGACCUUGUAUUACUUGACCCACUAGAUUCACUGGGGUCACCCAUACAUGUGACCACAUAGGCCCACAACCUGAACUAUUUCAACCAUUUCAUUUUCAUGACCUGAAAGGGGACAUGCAUUGCUGAAUAAAGAUAUUAUAUUUCACCUAACAGAUGAAAAUGACUGCAAAUAACACAGUGUAUAAUAAUAUGGAAACAUUUAUAUAUUUGAAAAACCAUUUUAGCAAGCUGUUGAGCGUUUGAGACGGCAUUGCCUUUAG